AUGUCUUUUUUUUUCCUUUGUGUGUGGCUUUGGUUCUUUUUAUUAUUAUUAUUAUUAUUAUUAUUAUUAUUAUUAUUUUUCUCCUGUCCAGACUUUCUCUUAUCUUGCGGUGUGCUCCGCGAGAGGGGGCCCGAGGAGAAAGAAGAAGAAGAGGAAGAGGGGAAGGGGGAAGUAGGAGCCAUGCGGAACGGGUCGCAGUCCUGGGACCCGGGCGUUGCGUUGGGUUGGCGGAGGAGUGGCUCGUGUCAUUCCUUUUUGUCCUUUUCUCGGGGAAUUUGCGAGGAUACGUCGUCCACGACGUUUACAACGACUACACCAACGGUGAAAUCUUCUUUAAUGCCGUCUACUGUUUGCUCGUCCUGUUCCUUCGACACAUUUAGCGCCACCACCGCCACCACCAUUCCUUCCACGAAUACUUCGACGAUGACGGCACGUAGUGGCGGCACUGGAAUGGAUGCCGCUGACAAAGACGCCGGAACUCUCUUCCAAGAGAAGAUACGUUUGUUGAAGAAGUCCAUGCAGGAACAGCGGGCCGCCCGCGAGCAGCAGCGACGUGAGUGGGAUGCGUGUGGAUCUGUAGAAAAUAUGCACCCCUCGACGUGUACGUCGGGCAGACUUCCAGGCGGCGAUAGAGUCAACGAGACGGGAGUGAAGGCAAGUAGUACGAAUGGGAGGGAUGUGGCUGCGCAAACGCAGACAUCAUCAUUCCUUUUUAAACCGAAUUUUCCACCAAAUACAGGAGGUAACAUGAUGUCUGAGGGAGACAACGGGAUUGUCGCGAUGAGCACAACGCCACCGCGCGGGGAUAAACGACCGGAACUGGAAAAGGAAGGCCCUGACGCGGUGGAUUUGACGGCAUCACCCGCUGUUGUUGUAGUACUGGACGAGUCACCGCAUACUGUGGAGCAACGCGACGCCGCCACCACGACAAUGAAGGAGUCUCGUUGUUUUUUUUCGGAUGUUCACAAAGGUACCGUGACUGCUGCUCACAUUGAUAACAGUGAGGGUAACGAAAGACGGAACCAUUCGGCGCCCGGUAACGGAGGGGAGAAGAAACAAACUCGGCGAUCUGUUGAUCAGGAUUUCAGUGCCAUCACCAAAGACACCGAAGUAUCGCAGCCCUCGACGUCCCAUUCGACACGCCACCGCUUCACUCUUGUAUCACCUAUUGCAACAAAAGGCGUCACGGCGGAGAAAAAAUUCUUUAGACCGCAUGGUGUUGGCGGGUCCGUGGGAAUGACGAGGAGGAACGAAGUGACAGGGAAGGCGGAUAAAGAGAUCCGAACUCUUCGUGCCCCCUCAGAGGGCGGUAGGAGUCGGUUAAACGGUCAAAGUCACACACGUGAAGCGAGUUUGCCGUCGUCGCCUCCGCCUUCUGAUGAGGAAACGAAACGGAUGUCGGAGAGCGGCGACGAUAACGACGAGCCGGUGCCCCGCAGACCCUCCCGAAGGGCUGCUGCCUUUGCACAUGCUGAGCUCGAAAGGCUGACGGUGUGGUGUGGUGAGAACCCUGUCUUGUUUUUUGGUGCUCGCUCCGUUAGUUCUGAGAACUCAAAUAAGCCACCGGUGCGGAUGAGUCGUGGAAGGAGUGGAGGGCGCGAUGGCGUUGGAGGAGAAGCGGAGACAUCCACUCGCACAAGUAAGAAUAACUGCGCCGAUUAUUUUGCCUCCUUGCGGAGUGCUUCUCCCAUUCUUCUACAGAAGUGGGUGAAGGAGGACAUGAAGCCUGCUGCAUCCAUAGCAGCGCAUAUGCACCCAUCCUCUAGUGUGGGUAAAAGAAGUCAACGUCAUACGAGUGGGGAAUCCAGUGCUGCGACACGUCGACGUCGGUGUCUUCUUCGCCAAAUCCGUUUGAUUGAUAGGGAGAUUCACCGUAUGGAGAAAAUCCCAUGGAGCAAAUCAUUGCGUUCAGGCACCGGGUCAUUGAACACGCUUCAUAAAGAGAAGUCUAAACUGCUGGCAAUACGUAAACAGUACGAAUGGGAGUUAUCGCAGGUGGCAAGGAAGGGAGACGUGAGAACAACCGAGUUGCCACCGCCACCACCAAAGAAUUUAUCGUCAGCAUCGUUGCCGUCGUAUAGGCAGCGACCACGAACCAUCUCUUCUUCUGUUCCUCGUCAUGGACCUUCUAUUUACGAAUCCGUUUUAAAACAACAACAACAAAAACAAAUGAAGAAGGUGCAUCAAGCAGGCCAAGCGACUUGUAAACAGAACAACUUUAGAUUCAAUGAUGGUGGAAUUGGCGCUGGUUGCAGAGCUAAUAGCAUGGAGAGCAAUGGCCUUCCACCAAGAGUGGGUAUUCCAGUGAAUUCCAUUUCACAUACGUCUCAUUUGUUUUUGAGGGGGCGCCUUGGUGCAUCAAACGAUUCCAUCAACAAGAAGAAUGGCAAUAAAUUUCAUGCCGUUGGUAGUCAUAACAGGAAAAAUAGAGUUGGAUGCCGCCGGUCUAUUUCUCUUGACGCGGAGAGAAUGGCGGCUCUUUAUGCCCGCAGUGCAUCAUCGUCGCAGUCAACUUGGCGUGAUGGGACACCAAUGAGGAAGCUGAUGAGCAACGUGGCAGAUCGUGAACACUCGGAAGUGACGAGUAACAGUACCGCUGGUCAUGAAAAAGAAGAGGAGGUUCCACUGUACUGGAGGCUGGCGCAGGUGAGACGAGAUUCGGAGUGCCAUGAAUGCAGUAGUGUACGCGAGAUGAGCGGGUUUCGAUCGAGCUGCGGGUCUGCCUCGCCGUCACCCGUACGUGUAAUGAGGCCACCUUCCGUGCGUGGUCGUGGCAGUGGCUUUGUUGGCGAUUGGGGCAAGGCGGAACUUUGCUCCGAUGUUGCCGCCGAUCAGUAUUACUGCGCGGAAUACGGCGAGGAGGAGACGUUGGAUGAGCCACGGAUCACGACGCACAGAGGUGCGGCAGCAAAGGGAAGUGAGAGUUCAGGGCAUCGGUUUUCGGCGAAUUUCGUCACGCGGGGGCCACAAGGGCAAGUCGAAGGGAGACCACGUGCUCGGUCGGCUUUACGGUCAGAAGGGAGGCAAGCGGAUAUGCAGGCUUCUGGACGAAGAGUCACUCUCAACAGUUCAGAUUUGUGUUACCGCCUGCGUGCUCCGACGCCGCAGAAAGUAACUUCCGAGAAUAAAUCAAGAAGCCUGUACUUUUUUCAGGAUUCCACCGUGCAGACAAACAGAAAAAAAGGUUUCAAUGAGGCGUCAAAACGCCCGGAACUCAAGACGCAGGUCCGGGCUGGCCCAAAACGGCACGAAAGCCAACGUCGAGUCGCUGGUAGCAGUACUAGUAGACAGGCUCUGCAUCAGCGAACACCCGCAUCUCUUGUAUUGAACAACAUGUCAUCAAGGGAGAAACAACCGAAACAGUCGCAUGAUAACUGGCGUCGCCACUCUUCGGAUAGUCACAAGAACAUGUCUGGUCAUUCGAGGCCAUCGAGGGCAGCACCGUUAUCGCCAUCUGCAUGCGAGCGUGUUGGAGCCACGGGUGGCUUUUCCGCGCAUGACCAUUCAAUGGAUCAGGGGAGAGAGGUGGAUUGGAUUUCUCCGUCUCGAGUGAUGGAGCACACACAACCGCCAGCAACAAUGUUAUCGCCAUCACCAGCAUCAACUGCUCAAUCCUCUCGCCCUCGUUCAAGUCAAGAAAGGAAGGAUGGUGAGAAUUUGCCAUUUUCUGUUCGGCACCAUAACACGAAGGAUGCAGUGAAUUUCAGAGAGGGAAAACCGCAGCGAAGAAAGCAGCAACUUCACAUGACGGAUCAGAGGACACCUCCUCGUGAUCCACAACGACAGCAACAGCAACGGCGACAGGAGCAACAAAUUAUAGAGAGCUCUUCAAGAAUUUCGGAGGUUCAUGUAUCACCACUAACAGAGUACAGUCCUGUUGGUGGCGGCGGUGGUGGCGACAGAUCCCCUGCGGCGACCUUGCAGUACCGAACUACGUCCUCCUACGCAAUGCCAUCCGACGGUGUGGAAAAUGAGCCUAGUUUAAGACAGAUAUUGAAUGAACGUCAACGUCGUACAUCUCUAAACAAAAGUGCGUUACUGCCCUUCCAACAGGAGAGGAACGUUCUCCCUGAUGCCCCCAGUGGGGAUGCACAAACCUUUAUGACACCACAGUCGCCUUUUAAUUCUAAUUCACCUCAUCGUUUUAGUGAUGACCGGACAAAUGCACCUUUUCUUUCGUUGGGUACUUCCUGUUUGCAAACCACGCGACAGGUCGGGGCCGGUGGUAUCACGCUGCGUCAGCUCUUUGGGCACGAGCAAAGACCCGUCCUUUCCUCACCAGUGAAUGAAAUAGGUGCUGGAGGUGCUGUGAGAUCUUCGACCGAGGUUUUGCUGAGCCGCAUUAAUGAAAUGCGGGCUCUGAUGAAAUGA